GCAAAACGUGACGUCAGAGCAUGCGCGGUAGCAAGCGAAGUCCUUUUCGUUUUGUGGCCAUUGUCCGUCCACAGAACCAGCUCCGGUUUUCCCCAGAAAUCUUCCUCUAGCCAGAGUCCUCUGGCCACAAACAGCUUAAAAAUGGGCAUAAAAUUUCUUGAAGUCCUACGUCCAUUCAUUUCCGUUUUGCCCGAAGUAGCAAAACCCGAAAGAAAGAUUCAAUUCAGAGAAAAAGUACUAUGGACGGCAAUUACUCUUUUUAUUUUCCUGGUUUGUUGUCAGAUUCCUCUGUUUGGAAUCAUGUCUUCAGAUUCUGCCGAUCCAUUCUAUUGGAUGAGAGUAAUUUUAGCUUCAAACAGAGGUACAUUGAUGGAGCUUGGUAUCUCUCCUAUUGUCACUUCUGGUCUUAUUAUGCAGCUUUUGGCUGGUUCAAAGAUCAUUGAAGUAGGAGACACACCAAAGGAUCGAGCCCUGUUCAAUGGAGCUCAAAAGUUGUUUGGUAUCAUCAUCACCAUUGGUCAGGCAGUAGUGUACGUCAUGACUGGCAUGUAUGGUGAUCCGUCUGACUUGGGACCUGGUAUCUGCCUGCUGAUCAUCAUUCAGCUCUUCUGUGCUGGUCUGAUUGUCCUCCUCCUUGACGAGCUGCUGCAAAAGGGUUAUGGCCUGGGAUCUGGAAUCUCCCUAUUUAUUGCCACCAAUAUCUGUGAAACCAUUGUCUGGAAAGCGUUCAGUCCUGCUACCAUCAACACUGGAAGAGGUACCGAGUUUGAGGGUGCAGUAAUUGCUCUCUUUCAUCUGCUGGCCACAAGAACAGAUAAAGUGCGUGGUCUUAGGGAAGCAUUCUACAGGCAGAACCUCCCUAAUCUCACAAACUUGAUUGCUACCAUCUUUGUGUUUGGCAUAGUAAUCUACUUCCAGGGAUUCCGUGUAGACCUGCCAAUCAAGUCUGCUCGCUACAGAGGCCAGUACAGCUCUUACCCAAUCAAGCUAUUCUACACUUCCAACAUUCCUAUCAUUCUGCAGAGUGCUCUGGUAUCAAACAUCUAUGUUAUUUCUCAAAUGAUGUCUGCUAAGUUUGCCGGUAACUUCUUUGUUAAUCUGCUCGGCACAUGGGAGGAGGCUGGAGGUGGCCCCGCCAGGUCCUACCCCGUUGGUGGCUUGUGCUAUUACAUGUCGCCGCCAGAGACGGUCUCCCAUAUUAUAGAAGACCCAGUGCAUGCUUGCAUCUAUAUCUUUUUCAUGCUGGGAUCAUGUGCCUUCUUCUCCAAGACAUGGAUAGAUGUCUCUGGCUCAUCUGCUAAAGAUGUUGCCAAGCAACUGAAGGACCAGCAGAUGGUAAUGCGUGGCCACCGAGACAAGUCCAUGGUGCAUGAGUUGAACAGGUACAUCCCCACUGCUGCAGCAUUUGGUGGUCUUUGUAUUGGUGCUCUUUCUGUCCUGGCUGACUUCCUGGGUGCCAUUGGCUCAGGAACGGGUAUUCUCCUUGCUGUCACCAUCAUCUAUCAGUACUUUGAGAUCUUCGUUAAGGAGCAAAGUGAAAUGGGAGGAAUGGGAGCACUUCUCUUCUAACCUUAUCAACAUGAAUCAAGUUCUAUAGCUUUGUGGCAUCUUAGAACAAAUGAAGACUUGAAUUACAGCCAAGAUAUGAACUCUAACAUGCGUUCAACAGCAGAAGUAGUAAUUUUAAUCAAUUUGUUUUCAGAUUUUCGUAAGAAUGUUUUCAAAAGAGCUUUCAGUUUAUGAAAGUGUGUUGAAUGCUGGCUCAAUAUUUUUGAUGACAAAGACUGAAUUUCUUUGAGAAUGAUAUAUGUACAAUUACUGCAUUGUUGGCCCAAAGUUCGCACCGAAUGCAUGUGUGUAUACUUCAUGUUGAAUUCAUACAUAUCCCAUCCACCCUGCCUGGAUAGCAACCCACACGGGGGUUACCCUUAAGCCACUAUCAUUGUUUUCUCCCAUUUAGUAUACUUGUAAAAGACACUGAUAUUACCAGAUAAUCGUGUAUAAUGGCAGUUAUUUUGGUAGAGUUUUUUUGAUAUAUGUAGAUUCGAUGGAUAUAUGGUUGUUGCGAUUGAAUUUUACAUUAUUUUAAACCCAUCCUCACUGUAACAUGGCUUUGAAUUAAGGAAAUAAAUCUAUGAAACUCUUCA